GCUUGCGCGGAGAUAGGAGGCGGAAAUCGCACUCUUUUCGUUAAAUUGAACAGUGCCAGCAGUGGAAUUACAGUGCAGUCUGUCAGACACCUGAAGACACUAUUUACUUCCCCGAUAUUACUUAAGAUAAAGCAACAGAGCCGGAUACGACUGAGAAAGUGUAUGCUCGGGUUGUUGCUCACAGAGGCGCGUUUGUAACCAGAGCUGCAACGAUGAGUUUUUUCAGUUUUGGCCAAAGUGCAGAAAUUGAUAUAGUGUUGAACGAUGCCGAGACGAGGAAGAAAGUGGAGCACAAGACAGAGGACGGCAAAAAGGACAAGUAUUUUUUAUUUUACGACGGAGAGACAGUGUCCGGCAAAGUGAACCUGACACUGAAGAACCCGGGCAAACGGCUGGAGCACCUGGGUAUCAAAAUCGAGUUCAUCGGUCAGAUUGAGCUAUACUAUGACCGAGGCAACCAUCAUGAGUUUGUUUCCCUUGUGAAAGAUCUGGCCAGGCCAGGAGAGCUCCCACAGUCACAGACAUUUGACUUUGAGUUCAUGCAUGUGGAAAAACCCUAUGAAUCCUACACUGGACAGAACGUGAAGUUACGGUACUUCCUUAGAGCAACCAUCAGCCGACGACUGAAUGAUAUCUGCAAAGAGAUGGACAUUGUUGUUCAUACCCUCAGCACAUAUCCUGAGUUGAACUCCUCAAUCAAGAUGGAAGUGGGAAUUGAAGACUGUCUUCAUAUUGAGUUUGAAUACAACAAGUCAAAGUACCAUCUAAAAGAUGUAAUUGUAGGAAAGAUCUAUUUUCUUCUGGUACGCAUCAAGAUAAAACACAUGGAAAUUGACAUCAUCAAACGUGAAACAACCGGCACAGGACCCAAUGUGUAUCAUGAAAAUGAUACAAUAGCCAAAUAUGAAAUCAUGGAUGGAGCUCCAGUCCGAGGAGAAUCCAUUCCCAUCCGUUUGUUCCUUGCUGGCUAUGAACUGACGCCUACGAUGCGAGAUAUAAAUAAGAAGUUCUCUGUUCGGUAUUACCUCAACUUAGUCCUCAUUGAUGAGGAGGAAAGGCGCUACUUCAAACAGCAGGAAAUCACCUUGUGGAGAAAAGGGGAUAUUGUAAGGAAAAGCAUGUCUCACCAGGCAGCCAUCGCAUCACAGAGGUUUGAAGGUUCAUCAAGUACAGAGAGCAAGAUGCAGGCACAGGCCAAGCAAGAUGGGAACUAAAGGGAAACUUUAUGGACAAAACUGUUUUUCUCACAAAGAGAAACAAACUACCCACAUACGCACCCAUAUACCCCAAACUCUGAGUGACUAGGAGACUUGUUAAGUUACCAAAAGGGAUCUUCUGAGAGAUGCACCUGAAUUUACACAACAUGAUGUGUAAUCUGGAACCAUGCUAAGACACACCCAGUAAUGGCAGAAAAAAUAAUCGAUUUAAAAGCGUUAUGCAGAAAGCUCCUAAAAGAAGCUUGGUCCAAUCUUUAAAAAAAAAAACAACACAGGAAUGAAGAAGCAGGCCUCUUUUUUUUUUUUUUUUUUUUUAAAGGAUACUGGUGUGUUUAUUCGUUUUAUUCCCCAAUUCCAGAAAGAGUAUCUGAAGUGGCCACAAGUCCUGUAAAAGUCAGUUUUGACUGGAGAAUGCAAGCAUGAUCACGUGUAUGUCAUAACGUAAUGGAAAUGGUCAUUAACUCUCAACAGAAGACAGCAGAUGUACAGUAACUGUUCACGUGACAGAUGGCACAGUGUUACUCCUUAUUCCUGCAAUGGGCUCACUGUGCUUUUUCAUUUUUAAAAUUUCAAGACUUUUACUUUCUCUAAAUUUUUAGUAGGGUUUCCUUUAAAAGAAUUAAAUAUGCGCAGUGGCAUUCCAGCAUUUUUAUUUUAUUUUUUUUUUGGAAUUUGGUGAACUGAGGAAACUGCGAGACUCUGCAAGCAAAGCCUUUUAAAACAGGCUUGUAGAUUCUAAAUCGCCUGCCCUUGGAAACCGUGAGGUAUCAAUACAAAUUAAGCUAUAGCAUUGUGGCUAAUGAGUGGGGAUAAGAGUCUUAGAUAGAAGCGGUCAGCAGCAUGGUCAGAAUGAUAUCCGUCAAUUUAACGGUGUGCUCUGGACACCACUAGAAAGGGAGAGAGUGAAAGAAACACUAGGCCCUUGUGUUUUCAUUUUUUCUAUAACUUGAAAUAUGUAAUGCAUAAGUAAAUAAUCUGAUUUGUAUGCUUCUGGUGGGGGAGAUCCAAAAUGCAUUUCCUUGUCUUGAUUUUGUGUUUAGUAACUGAAAUGAUAUUUAAUGGCAAAUGGAAGUUCAUUGAAUGGUAUGUUGUGGCUGUGGCGCUAACAUUUAUUGUAAUAACUACCUUGCUUAUUUUUAAAGUAGCUUAUCAUUUGUUAAGAGGUCAAUGUUAUUAAGGAAUUUUAUGAACAAAAAAUAAUGCACAGUAUUUAAUCCCUGACACUUACUAUUCUGAUCUUGAUUUUAUUAACUACCUAAUGUUUUUAAUGACCUAUAAAUGCGUAACACAGAGUAAGUGCCACACCUCUUUUUCAAAUUCUAGCAGAUUGAUUUUAAUCCCACCAGGCAUUCCUUUUAAGAUGCAUCAUUUUCACAUUUUGUUUUAGGUAUAUAUUAUAUUUUUAAUAACUACGAUCAAACAUGGUGCCUAUUUUCAGCUUCUGCCAAAAACAUUUUGAUUUGUUUGCUGAAAGAUGUCCUUUUUUUAGUUUUUCCACUGUAAACAUGUUUAUUUUAUUCAUCCAGUGGUAUUUUAAUGUAGGUCAUUCACCCUGGAAUCCACUCAGUUCAUUUUUUAUAUUUAAAUACUUGUAUUUAAAUAUUCAUUAUAUUUCCAGAAUGCUUGAGUGUCUAGUUUAUGCAGGUUAUGGGCUUAAAAGUCUCUGCAAUGAUGAUCAAUCACAAGAGACACUGACCAACACUAUAUUUAUGAUGCUAUAUAUUAAGCCUUUAAGCCACUCUUAUAUUCUAUAUAAAGUGAGAUUAGCCAGGUAAUCCUGAGUGGAAAAUGUGUACCAGUAUUCCCAAAGCUGUUGAUAUCUUUUUAUUUUAUUUUUUGAAUGGCACAAAGAUUAAAGAAGCCAUCUGCUUCUAGUGUAUUGUGUUGGUUAGAUCAGCUACCUCAGCUUACUCUUAGUUAUCAAAUUAACCAGGCAGUUAACCGAUUUUAAAGUUCUCGUUCCCGAGUAGCUGCUGUAAGCAGUUUUUUGAAUGGAAUGAGAAAAAGUGUGUAACCGGUAGAAAGGAAGAUCUAAACAGGUGGCAAUAGUGCCUCGUAGAAUGCUUCGAAGGACUUUAAGAGUUGAAAUACUCCGUAGCCAAUACUUGCAGAUGAGCUACGAACAGCAUUCCCUCAUCUGUGACCAACUCCCUCCUGUUGUAGGUGUCAGAUAUAUUUAAAAACAGAGCUACUGCUGCAAGAAUCACAUUUCAUUUUUAGGUAUUGCUAAUAUUAGUUGCAGAUUAAUUGGUGGUCCAUGUAGCACUUGUUCUUGCCUUAACACUUUUGAUUUUGUCAGUACAGGCUCUGCCCCCCUGUACAACACAAGUACAUCGUGCAUAGUCAUAGGUGGGACUGAGUUAGGGAGCCGUUAUUGAACUGUAAAGAACAUGAAACAGAGGUGGCAAAAGAAAACCCAAAGUCACUAUUAACUUUCUCUAGUAAUUAUUUUACAAAGUGUAAUCGCUAUUAAAUAUAAUUUAUUAUCUGGAUAAGGCAAAUGAAAUGACAAUCAUCAAACAAAUUUUGCAUCUAAAAUUAUUCUUUGUUUUUUGUUUUCUUUUUUUUUUAACAAAGCAUCCUCUGCAUUAAAAAGGUGGUUGCUGUUUAUAAGAUGCACAAGUUAUAAGUUAUUCAGUACAUAACCUGCCAUUUAUAAACUGACUCUGCCACUCGUGGCAGUUUUGUGCUAGCAAUGGGUGAAUAAUACAUGUAGAAUGUAAUGUGUCAGAGAUGCAGCAUCUGGCAUGGCGUAGAGCAUGGAUUCAAAUGUGCCCAAAAGGAAGUACAAUGGGAAUGCCUUUUUCCUACUGCCCUUUUUCUCUCUGCCAAAACAUGUCCAUGCUAAGAUAUGCUGAAGUGGGUAGUGGUGUUGUAGUCUCCCUCACCCCAUAAGCUUUCCAAGUUGGGUCCAUGCAGCAUAUGACAUUCCAGUUUUCAAGUGCUCAUUAUAACAACUCCUUUUAGGCUGCCUUGAUGAAUAGUAACAGUGCUGAAAUUCCAUUGGCAAUAAUAGUCACAUCACAUAUAUAUAUCUGCAGAGAUCUUGGUGUACAUAAAAUUAGUUGGGAACAAAUUAAUAUUUCUUGUAAUAGUAAGCUGUAAAGUACUAGCCAUUUAGCAAAAAGGAAAUCUGUACAUUUUCAGCACAAAGUUUAACAACAUAUAGUGAUAUAAAUGAUGUGUUAAUACAAGAUUCAGAGUCUGAUGGUUGUUUCUUAUAGUUGUACUUUGCAUUUCUGUAUUUGAAAUUUGUUUUUAAUGCAACUUCUGAUUAAAAGAGAUCUACCUAGAA